AUGACGACUAUGGAUCUUCGUGUCGGAAACAAGUACCGUAUCGGUCGAAAAAUCGGUAGCGGUAGUUUCGGCGACAUCUACCUUGGCACCAAUAUUAUCUCAGGUGAAGAAAUCGCCAUUAAACUCGAGAGUGUCAAGGCCAAGCAUCCUCAGCUUGAAUAUGAAGCUCGCGUUUACAAGUCCCUUGCUGGUGGUGUUGGUAUCCCGUUCGUCCGUUGGUACGGCACUGAAUGUGACUAUAAUGCCAUGGUCAUCGACCUCCUGGGCCCCAGCUUGGAAGAUUUGUUCAAUUUCUGCAACCGCAAAUUCUCGCUGAAGACUGUCCUCCUGCUAGCCGAUCAGCUUAUUUCCCGUAUCGAGUAUAUUCACGCCAAGUCGUUUAUUCACCGUGAUAUUAAACCUGACAACUUCCUCAUGGGUAUCGGAAAGCGCGGAAACCAAGUCAACGUGAUCGACUUCGGCCUUGCGAAAAAGUAUCGUGACCCGAAGACUCAUUUUCAUAUUCCUUACCGUGAGAAUAAGAAUUUGACUGGCACUGCUCGAUAUGCCAGCAUCAACACCCAUUUGGGCGUGGAACAGUCCAGACGUGAUGACAUAGAAUCUCUCGGUUACGUUAUGCUUUAUUUCUGUCGUGGAUCGCUUCCAUGGCAGGGCCUCAAGGCUGCCACCAAGAAGCAGAAAUACGACCGUAUUAUGGAGAAGAAAAUGACCACUCCAACCGAGGUACUUUGCCGUGGUUUCCCCAACGAAUUCGCUGUGUACCUGAACUACAGCCGUUCUCUUCGCUUUGACGACAAACCCGAUUACUCCUACCUCCGCAAGAUAUUCCGCGAUCUCUUUGUUCGCGAAUCUUUCCAGUACGAUUAUGUUUUUGAUUGGACGGUCUACAAAUACCAGAAGAAUGCCCAAGCGAUCGCCCAGGCAAGCGGAAAUACGGGUAAUAAUGCCCAGGAUGACGAGGAUAAACCUCGCCGUCAUCUUGGCGCUAGCGCAGCCCCUGGAGGUAUUCCCGGACAGGGCAAGCCGGUUGCUAUGCCUCUUCCUCGACGCAAAUUGCUAGACCGCACAGCGGGGGAAUCCCACGACCGCGCACUGGGAAGUGACAGGAUGCCCUACCCGCACUGGUUCUGGUGUUCAAUACUUGAGACAAAAUGA